AAAUGGGAGUUCCCGAGAGAGCGUUUGACAAUGUUGAAGCAAAUUGGAGAAAGUAACUACUGCAAAACAUGGCUGGCAGCUAUAACAGGCAAAGAAAAGAAACAUCUCAAAUAUGUUGCCGUGAAAGUUUUAAAAGACAAUGGUACAGAUGAUGAUGCACAAAGAUUUCUGGAUGAUCUCAAAGUCAUGAUGAAGUUUAAGUUUCAUGAGAACAUUAUUCAGCUUAUUGGCUGUUGCACCACUUCAUACCCGACCAGCUCGAUAGUGGAAUAUGUGGAUGGCGGUCCUCGCACUCUACUGCACGUUCUUCAAAAACAGAGCCAAAAUCCCGCAAAUAUGUGGCUCACUACAAAAGUGAUUCUAUCAUUUCUACUUCAAAUUGCAUCCGCUAUGCAGUAUGCUUGCUCUUUGCAGUGUAUACAUAGGUGCUUAUGCUGUCAAAAGAUUUUUGUAACAAGCGAUUUAAUUUGCAAGCUGGGAGAUUUUGACCUGUGUGAACAUUUUCAGUCUAGAAAUUCAGAGAAAAGCGUCAACACUCCUAUUCGAUGGUUGCCUCCUGAAUCGUUAUUUGUACUCGAGCGGUCCAUGAAAUCAAAUGUUUGGUCCUAUGGUGUUUUAAUGUGGGAAUGUUUUACUUUAGGAGGGAGACCGUAUUCUGAUCUGAAUGACAGAGAAGUAGUUGAAUUUGUUCAAAGAGGUGGAAGACUCAACAAACCAUCUUUGUGCUCUUCUGACAUAUUUGAAACAAUGCAAGAUUGUUGGGUUUAUUAUCCCACGAAAAGGCCGAAUUUUGAAAUGCUGAAGAGCAAAAUGAACAAAUUU